AUGGUGGUGAAGAUGAGAAAAUGGUCACCAUGGAUCGCAGCUCCACCGCUAGCGGCAACGGCGACUAGGAAGUUUCAGGUGAAGAUGAAGCCAUUGAAGCUAGAAGCAAUAGAAGAAGGUGAAAAUGAUGAGAAGAAACAAAGGGUUGUUUCAAUCAAAGUGAAAUGGAAAGGCGAACCCAAGUUUGGAUUAAUGCCAUUUUAUAAACAUAAAAAGGAUUUUUCCAAAGAGAAAAUUGUCAAGAAAGGAGAAGCCAUUGAAUGGGAUGAUGAUGAUGAUCAGAUGGUUCAUACUUGUUCCUUUACAAUUGCGCCCAAUCAAGAGAAAAAGUUUGUCCCUUGGUAUGCUUCCUUCAAUAUCCUAUAUGAAGAGAAGAAGGAAUCGAAGAGUAAAUUGGCUGUCAUCGGGAGAGGUUCUGUUAAUUUAGCAGAAAUUGUUACAAAAAUGGAGACUCAAAUUGAAUGGAAAAUUCCUAUCAAUUUACAGAAAGCCGGAAUUGCAGGAGAAGUCUCCCUCACGGUGCUACUGAACUUUGAUGAAAUCGUAGAAUCUCAAGACUCGGUGCCAAUGAACAAUAAAUAUGCAUACAGUUUGAAGGAAAGAGAAAAGGGAUUGAGCCAAGAAGAAUUGAUUAUGGAUGAAUCAGAAAAGUCAGCCAUUCUUCCCAGAAAAUCCACAGAAAUUUUAUUGGACUCAAAUAAAAAAAUGGGGUGGUUUUCUUGGAAGAACAGGCAAUUCAGUUGUAAAGGAGUCAAAACUAAAGAAGAGGCAUUGAUUAAGAAAACAGACAAUAAAAAUAUGACCGAUGUUGAUCCUCAAUCCAAUGAUUCUUCUACCUUGGACUCGAUCAACAAUGAUUCAAUACAGACAGUAGAAGCCACUGAAUGUUCUUCAGAAUCAGAACCCCAAUGUGAAGGAAACACGAGAGAUUCUUGGGAGGAAAAGGAAAUAGUCAGUAGAGAUGGCCAAACAAAGCUUAAAGCCAGUGUUUUCUUUGCUUCUUUCGACCAAUGCAGUGAUAAAGCUGCAGGCGAGAGUGCUUGCACAGCAUUAGUUGCAGUGAUCUCACACCAGCUUUGCUCGAACCCUAAUGCCAUGCCUAACAUGUCGGAAUUUGACAAUCUCAUAAUGGAAGGAUCAUCAGAAUGGCGAAAAUUAUGUGAGAACGAGGUCUAUGUAAACGACUUCCCAGACCAGCAUUUUGAUCUCGAGACCAUUCUAAAGGUUGCCAUUAGGCCUAUGGCUAUUUCACGCGAGAAAUCUUUCGUGGGAUUUUUUGGUGCUGAAAUUUUUGAGUCACUGGAAGGAGUGAUGUCUUUCGACGAAAUGUGGAACGAGAUCAGCAGAAACAGUAAUGAAUAUUGUGAUCAAACAAGGAUUUACAUAAUAAGUUGGAAUGACCAUUUCUUCGUGUUGAAGAUGGAGUCGGAUGCUUAUUAUAUAAUCGACACUUUGGGGGAGAGGCUUUUUGAGGGGUGCAAUCAAGCAUAUAUACUACGAUUCGACUCUUCAGCCUUGAUGCAUCGAAAGACAGAAAAUGAAGAGAUAAUUUGCAGUGGAAAAGAAUGUUGCAGGGAAUACAUCAAAAGAUUUCUUGCUGCAAUACCACUCAAGGAACUUCAGGAGGAAGAAGAAAAGAAGGGAGUCUCAUAUUUUUCGCUCCAUAAUCGGUUGCAGAUAGAGUUCAACUUUUGCUACUCGACUCCGCCUUCAUCUUCACGUUCAUCAUCGUUAACAUCAUCCCCAUUUUCUUCUCCGGCCACUUCUACAUCCCCCCAUUUUUCAAGUGAAUAA